GAACCGUCCCCCCCUUCCUCAGCCCCAUCCUGCUGGCCCUAGGCCCUGCACCCCGUGCUCUGCACCAGCAGUCGCCUGAUCGCGUAGCCACCCUCACGGGCAUUUCCUUCCCCUCAGACCUGAUGACAGAGAUGAUGGACCUCACAAGUGACCUUGUGGGCACAGGAAUCCCCUUCUUGGACUACAAGUCCUAUGCAGAGCGCAUCUUCUUCCCGGGCCACCGUGAGUCGCCGCUGCAAAGGGACCUGGACAUCCCCGAGUGCCGGCGGCAAACUGUGGAGCAGGGCUUGGUCCAGCUCUCCAACCUGCUCAACAGCAAGCUCUUCCUCACCAAGUUCAUCCACACCCUGGAAAUCCAGCGCACCUUCUCUCCGAGAGACCGGGCCUACGUGGCAUCCUUGCUGACUGUGUCGCUGCAUGGGAAGCUGGAGUACUUCACGGACAUCCUCAAAACGCUCCUGAAUGACCUCGUGGAGCAGUAUGUGGCCAAGAACCCCAAGCUGAUGCUGCGGAGGACGGAAACAGUGGUGGAGAAGCUGUUGACCAACUGGAUGUCCAUCUGCCUGUACGCGUUCGUGAGGGACUCUGUUGGGGAGCCCCUUUACAUGCUGUUUCGGGGAAUCAAGCACCAGGUGGACAAAGGGCCGGUCGACUGGGUGACAGGGAAAGCCAAAUACACCCUGAAUGACAACCGCCUCCUGAGAGAGGACCUGGAGUACCGGACUCUGACCUUAAAUGCUUUGACACAAGCUGGGGGUGCUGCAGGAGGGGCAGAGGACUCCCAAGGGAUUUCGGCGAAAGUGCUGGACUGUGACACCAUAACACAGGUGAAGGAGAAGAUCCUAGAUCAGAUCUAUAAAGGGACGCCGUACUGUCACCGGCCAGACCCCGACACCCUGGACCUGGAGUGGAGAUCGGGGCUGGCAGGUCACCUCAUACUGUCCGACGAGGACGUGACGUCUGUUGUUCAAGGAACUUGGAAACGCCUCAACACUCUUCAGCAUUACAAGGUGCCUGACGGAGCAACAGUAGCCCUGGUCCCACGCCUGACCAAGCACAUCCACCGGGAGAAUCAGGAUUACAUCCCGGGAGAGAGUGAGUGUGAUGCCCGGGCUGACAACCGCUGUUACGGCACGUGCCCGUCAGUGGGACAAGUCUCCCGCCACGGCCCCGGGUUGAUGCCGCCGUAG